GUAUGGAAGUAUAUUUAUCGCCCUUAGUAAGCCAUCGAACUCUUGAUGUUUGCUGCCAGUAUUCCUCCUCUGCUUCCCACUGGCGAUUUAACUCCACUUCCAACAUACACACCUCCUCCCAAUUUAUCGGAUGGACAAGUUUCACUCGAUCGAUUUCUUAUUGUAGGGUCCUAAUAUUACGAAGAACUACUGCAAUCAUAAAGUAAAUGGCAUAGUUUUUUCAGACGUUCCCAAAGUUGGUACAUAGGGGUCCCGUGUAGGUCCUCCUGCAACACAUAAGUCACCAUAUCCUUGACCUCCAGAUUAUUGGCCCAUCAAGCGUCAAAUCGAAAGAGAGGUUGACUAUUCCGGACAUAUGACUUAUCUGACAGGAGCAGAGCUCGAUGGUCUGAUCCCUGGUCUGUACAAUGUUUGACUAAGGUAGGCGAGAAUUGGUGAAUCCAAGUCUGGGACUGGGAGCAUAAAGCCCUAUCCAACCUUUCCCCGGAUACAAGCAGGACCCAUUCGUUUAUUCAACCAAGUGAAUUGAUCACUUUAAUAUCCCGGAUCAUGAAGCCCCAAAUCAUAGACAAAAGUGCGAAGGUCGAGAGACUGAGCAACACUCCACGGAUUUCCAUAAUCUUUUUCACUCUUAUGAAGAGUAGCAUUGAAAUCACCAUAAGUAAGGUUCUGAAAACAUGGAAAAUAAGUAGUUAAAUUUUCGCAAGUGACACGUCUUCUUUUAGUUAAUUGUUCUUCGUCAAAUCAAAGCACACAUUUCUUUGUUAACCUUGAUUUUGAUUCCAUCACCGUAGACAUAGAAAUUCAUGAAUACAUAUCGACAGAUUUCCAAUCGAGGUUGGUAAAAUAACUUUUAAUUGAUCGCCAUUCGGCCUCACUGAACUCUAAGCGUCGACCACUAGACAGAGAUGUGAGAAAAGCUCAACUCUGGGUGGAAGGAUUGAAGCUCCUGUUCAUAAAACAGGUUGAAAAUCCACCAUGGAAGAGAUGAUAUUAGUUCACAUUCGUAACAUCUGUUGCAGAAAUGAAGAUGAGCCCGGACCAAACCUUUCCCAUUUCAGGAGAUCCGAUACAGGUGAUGAAUGAUGUGGCCAUGGCCGCCCGAAGCCAAUCUCUAAACCAAACAUUGCGUAAUUUCAGUUGUGUGCGCUACACAUUAAUUAGUACCCCAUUGCUGUUUUUAUUCAUUCAUUGAACUUAACAACGGAGAGAAGCAACCGAGUCCUAGUGUGUCGGAAUAAAUCUAAUUCAGUGUAUUCUUUCCCCAGGUCUUUCAGGCAUUUCGUCGAACGCCAUGGUUGCAUUCCUUCAACUUUGAACAGCGGCCCCCAAGGCCCCAACGAACGAAGGAUAAUGAUGAUGACCUGCCGCACCCGCCCGACGUGAAAUAACCAGAGGAGAGGAGGAGGGGAGAAAGGAAGAUGGCAGUAGUGAUUGUGAGAGGCGCCGUGUGUUUGGUUCUGAGUUUGGGAGCCAUUCUCUCGUGGUUUUACGUGGAUGAACUCUACCUCUGGAUCCCUUCGUCAAAGCUUCCUCUCAAGAAGGAUCAUAAAGAGGAAGGGAAGCCACCGGUGCAGAUGUAUGGCCGCCUCUUAAGCUUAGCUUCUGGUGCACUUGCUGAGAAAGAGUUGGAGCAACAAGAGACAAGGUUUUGGAAGCAACCUUAUGCUGCUAAGGCAAGUGUAUGGAAACCUUGUGCAGAUAAAAAAGUUCCUGAAUACCCAGCAGGAAGAUUAGGGAAAAGUAAUGGCUACAUAGUGGUGAGUGCAAAUGGUGGUCUCAAUCAACAAAGAGUUGCUAUUUGCAAUGCUGUUGCGGUGGCAGCUUUACUCAAUGCAACUCUAGUUCUUCCCACGUUUCUUUACAGCAAUGUUUGGAAGGAUCCAAGCCAAUUUGGUGAUAUCUACCAGGAGAGACAUUUCUUAGACAUGAUGAAGGAGGAAGUAGAUAUAGUGAAAGAACUUCCAUCCCGUUUCCAAUCUCUAGACACUGAAGCAAUUGGCAGCCUGAUUACUGAUUCUGACUUGCCAAAGGAGGCAACGCCACAUGAUUAUCUCGAGAAGGUGCUACCAAUUCUGAUACGAAAUGGAUUUGUUCACUUGCUCGGGUUUGGGAAUCGGCUUGGCUUUGAUCCAAUGCCUGCUCAAAUUCAGAAAUUGAGGUGCAAAUGUAACUUCCACGCUUUGAAGUUUGUUCCAAAGAUCCAAAAAGUUGGUGCAUUGUUGAGACAAAGGAUAAGAAAGUAUGAAGCUGAACCGACUACGUUAGAUAAACAACUCCUGGGUGACUACAUCUCUAGCAAUAUUCCCUCCAAAAAGCCAUCUAAUGCAACAAAACCACCAGUGAAAUACCUUGCUCUGCACUUGAGAUUUGAGAUUGAUAUGAUCGCUUACUCCUUAUGUGACUUUGGAGGUGGUACUAUUGAAAAACAGGAGCUUCAGGCUUAUAGAGAAAGCCACUUCCCGCUGCUCAUUAAACGUUUAAUAAAGUCCAAGCCAGUAUCCACAGAAGAGCUAAGAAAGAUAGGCAAAUGCCCAUUGACACCAGAGGAAGCAGCACUGGUCCUUGCUGGACUUGGAUUCAAGACAGGAACUCAUAUCUACCUUGCGAGGUCUCAAGUCUAUGGAGGGAACUCAAGAAUGCAUUCAUUCAUCAGCCUUUACCCUAACUUGAUCACCAAGGAAACUCUCCUCACACCAACUGAACUUGCUCCCUUCAGGAAUUUCUCGUCACAGAUGGCUGCACUUGACUUGAUCGCAUGUGCCACUGCAGAUGUGUUUGCAAUGACUGAUUCGGGAAGCCAGUUGGCAUCAUUGGUUUCAGGGUUCAGGAGUUACUAUGGAGGUGGGAAUGCUCCCACGUUGAGGCCAAACAAGAAGAGGCUUGCUGCAAUUUUGUAUGAGAAUAGCACGAUAGGAUGGAAUGGUUUUGAAGAGAGAGUAAGGCGAAUGAUUGAGGAAGGUCAAAGGGUGAGGACCAGGCGUUCUGGGAGAAGCGUGUAUCGGCAACCCAGAUCUCCAGAAUGCAUGUGUAGAUUGUAGUAAAUGAAGAAUGUUGUACAUA